AUGUACGCCGAGACCCAGGCAGGUGUUCGCAAUUAUACUACUGAUCCUGCGCCCCGGGAAAACGAAGAGCGCGUUGUCAUCCUAGGCUCGGGAUGGGGCGGAUGGACGGUUUCUCGGAAGUUAUCACCUUCGAAAUUCAACCGCACCAUCAUUUCCCCUCGUUCAUACUUCGUCUUUACCCCACUCCUCACAGACGCGGCUGUUGGGUCACUCAAUUUCUCCGAGAUUGUCGAGCCCGUUCGUGAUCGGAAAAGCAAUAUCAAUUUUAUCCAAGCGGCCGCCCAAAGCGUAGACUUCCAUCGGAAAGUGGUAACAUGCGAGGCUUCUGUUGUUCAGAGUGGCGUGACGGAAUCCACUCGUGUGGAACAAGAUCAGCCUGAGAAGCAACGGAGGGCAUGGGAGCAAGGUCAGCUCUUUGAAGUCCCGUAUGAUAAGCUGAUUAUCGCCGUGGGCUGCAACCCUCGAACCUUCAACACACCUGGUGUAAGAGAUAAUGCGUUAUUCUUCAAAGACGUCGGCGAUGCGAGGAAGGUUAAACGGCGUAUCCGUGAAUGUUUUGAGCUGGCGGUGAUGCCAAGGGUGACUUCUCAGAUGAGACGACAUCUUCUGCGUUUUGCUAUCGUCGGUGCAGGUCCCACCGGGACAGAGCUUGCUGCGUCCCUGUGUGACUUCAUCCACGAAGAUAUGUUCAAAGUUUACCCGCAACUGAAGGACGAUGUUCGAAUAAUUUUAUAUGACGUAGCUCCCACAGUCCUUAGCACCUUUGAUAAAUCCCUAUCUCGUUACGCAAUGGAGACGCUGAAGAGGGAGGGCGUGACGAUAAAAAUGAACCGGCACAUUGAAAAAUUGCGCUGGGGAGAACCUAACACCGAAGGACUCCAUGAAAUGGACCCAAAAAGCUGCUUGACGCUUAGGACGAAGGAGGAAGGCGAAGAAGGGGUUGGUAUGUGUGUCUGGGCGACAGGUAACGAAAUUGGCCCAUUCGUCAACAAAGCACUCAAUACAAUCGAUCCAUUUCCAAUAUUGUCUGCUCUCUCAAAGGAAACUGGAAGCCCCGUCACUGAACCCCAAAAUACAACCUGGAAAGUGCAUAAGACUCCUAAGGUUGGCGCCCUUCUCGUGGAUAGCCACCUAAGAGUGCAAUUGAAAUCAGCAGGGGGCCAAAUCGCUGUCUUACAAGAUGUCUUCGCCCUUGGGGAUACCUGUAUGUUAGAGUCUGGCUCCCCCCCAGCGACCGCUCAAGCGACAAGUCAAGAAGCCAUCUGGCUGGCCAAUGUACUCAAUCGGGGUAAUCUGGACCGGUCACCCGGUUUUUCGUUCAAGAAUCUCGGAGUCCUUGCAUAUAUUGGCAGUUCUAAAGCGUUGAUGCAGCUGCCACAUGAGGGCGGUAAUACCGUAUUUCAUAAGAAGUGA